CGGAAUAAAAAAAGUUCAGGAGGCAAGCCUUUUGACAGCAGCGCCGGAGAGGGAAUCUGCAGCUUGGGAUCUUGCUUCUUCGGCCGUUUCUUCCGAGGUGCCCGGGGUCAAGCCGCUCGCAUUCUCCUGCUUCGACUUUGUCUUUUACAUUUUUUUUUUUUUUUGCCCUUUCUCGAGAAAAGCAAGACUCACAAACGUCACCUAAGAGCAGCUGACAAACCCGAGGUUUUCUUGCUGGAAUGAAUAUAUCUGAGUCUAGUUACUGCAGAGAGGAGAGUUCUCAGCCCAGGGGCGAGUGUUCAUGGGUCACUAGCCCCAGCCCCGGCGCUGACCGCGGGCUGGGCUUCCACCAGACCCUCGCAGGACACUCGGGACACGCGGUGGGAGCGGGGCUCGGGGUGGAGGGCCGCGGCGCCGGCCCCGAUUCCAGCCAGCUGGGAGCUUCGAUCCUGGGCAGCGCCGAGGGCAAGAGCAGCCCGGAGUGCCGCAUCCGCAGGCCCAUGAAUGCCUUCAUGGUGUGGGCUAAAGAUGAGCGCAAGCGCCUGGCACUGCAGAACCCCGACCUGCACAACGCCGUCCUCAGCAAGAUGCUGGGCCAGUCCUGGAAGGCGCUGAGCACGCCGGAGAAGCGGCCCUUCGUGGAGGAGGCAGAGCGCCUGCGGCUCCAGCACCUCCAGGACCACCCCAACUACAAGUACCGGCCCAGGAGGAAAAAGCAGGCCAAGAAGAUGAAGCGCAUGGAGCCGGGCCUCCAGCUGCCCGGAGACGCCUACGGUCGGCCGAGCCACCCGGGCCACCCGGGCCACCCGGUGCACCACCACCGCCUGCUCCCGGCUCUCGGCCACUUCCACGACCGGCCUCAGGGACCCUCCGAGUUCGAGAGCUACGGUCUGCCCACGCCCGAGAUGUCCCCUUUGGACGUGCUGGACGAAGGAGGAGACUCCGUCUUCUUUCCUCCGCACAUGCAGGAGGACCUCAGCCUGGCUCCGUGGAUUAACUAUCACCACCAGCACCAUCACCACCAAGGCCACGGGCACGCCCACCUGCACAGCCAGGGCCACGGGCACCCGCAUCAGGGUCAGAAGGCACCGCUGGAGCCCCGCCCAGAGAAGUGCCACGUCCUGGGGGCCGUAAAUGGCCAAUAUGCCCAGAACCACGCCGGUCUGACUGAGGGCAGAAAGGCUCCGCAGCCCCCUGGCGGUUUAUACUACGGCCAGCUGUACACCGGCAGCCAGCAGACUGCCUUCACAUCCCACCUAGGCCAGCUGUCCCCUCCGCCCGAGUCCUCCAGCGCGCCCCACGUCCCCAGCCUGGACUCCGCAGAGCCGCUGGGCCCCUCUUCCGAGUUCUGGACGGAAGUGGAUCGUAACGAGUUCGACCAGUACCUGAACAUGAGUCGGACUCGCCUGGAGGGCUACAGCACCGCCAUGUCUAAGCUGGCGGGAAGACACACAUCCUGUGAGGAGAGCAGCCCCCUGAUAUCCGCCCUGUCGGACGCCAGCAGCGCCGUCUACUACAGUACCUGCAUCACAGGCUGAUCCGUCCUCUGGAGCGGACGACAGAACACGUCCCGGACAUUCCUGCGCACUUGCCCGCUCGUCCGUCUCCUCCCGAUACCGAGGUCGAGUACGGGGGACGCUUCCUUCUGCGUACUGCAGCCUUCUCGUCUACACCUUCAAUGAAUGAGUGUGUGUGUGUGUGUGUGUGUGUGUGUGUGUGUGUGUGUGUGUGUGUGUGUGUGUGUUUGUCAGUGACACUUCCACACACCUGUAGUUUGAAAUCUGCGCUAAGGACAAACCAUUGUAGAAUUUUUACAUUUCAUAACAUUUCUUGGAAAACACACUGUCAUGAGUAUUUCAUGUGCUUAUCAGUCACCAGAUUCCAUGUUCCUCUGUUUUACACGAAACGUUUGACAUCGAGUACUGUCUCCACACAACAGGAAUGUGAAGGGUUUUUUUGUGAAUGUAAAUUUAUCAGAAAAAAA